UAAAUACCUAGAAGAGACAAGACCACUCAUAAAACACUUUUCCUUUUCUGAAUGGCUUAUUUAGAUUGUUCGGCACAGGCGAUCCGACGAUUGGGAUUGGUGGGUGGAUGACCACCCCUCUAAUCCCAGUUUCCCAUCACACCCAUCCGGUUUAGAGGGAUCCAGCGGCCACCUACCGAUCCCGGUUUCGAAGGAUCCUCCGGUCCCGCUUAUCGUGCAGACGGUAGACCGGUAAAUUAACAGCCACCGGUUCACCGGGAGUUGCUCGUUGUACUGGAAUUUAAGCCGUACUCCAAUUUUUUUUGUUCUUUGCCAAAGAUCUAGCGUUUCUCUGUAAUACCGGGCACCAUUUCCAGGGUCAUUCUGCAAAGCUUUACUGCACUGAUACUUUCUGCAAUUCGAGACAAAAACAUGGGAAAAUAUGCCCCAAACCUAAAUCCAGGCUUUGUUUUCUGUGCAAUUUCAGUAUGUCUCUGUGUUUUUGCCAUGACGGCAUCAGCUAAAUCAUCUCGUCGGCCUGUCUCAGAUUAUGAGAUCAAAGAGAAAACAGACGCUUGCUAUGCAGAUAUUGAAAGCGGUUUAUGGGGUUGGAAUUGUAAGUCCUCUAUGAUAGCUAAAGAAAACUGUGUAUUGCGAUGCCUCUCUCCAGAUUGUUAUGAGUUCAUAUAUGCAGGUGACCCGCUAGAAGAAGGGGAGAUUGAUUAUGUACGGAGUCAAGAGUACAAGUAUUGCAUGCACAAGAAACUAGAAAGUUGUCACACUCUGGGAAGGUUAUCAAUGGGAGAAAGCUUGGAGGGGGUGAAAGGGGCUUUUAAUUACUAAGAAAAAGCAUCAGGGUUCUUCCUUUUAUUCUAGGAAUGCAUCUCAAACCACCAUGCAAAUAUGUUUCUCAUUAAUGGGCAGUUCCAGAAUGUGGCCGUGAUGGUCAUGAAAAAAAGGUCUUGUUCAGAUUAUUUAACUGUAGGUUUUUCUCAGUUUUGAGUUUGUUUGCUAUUGGAUGUCUGUCCUCUACUGUUCAGAAAGGAAAAAAAAAAGGAAAUUGUUUGUCCUUUGACAUGGUGAAUGUAGACCAGAAGCGUGUACAGUGAUGAUGUAAAUUAUGACUAAUUUGUGGGCUCAAAAAUUGAACUACAUUAUUAUUUCGGUUCUGGCA